AUGCUCGAACCGCUGCUGCCGGGUGCAGGGCUGGCUUGGGAGAUAAUCAGAAAAGAGGACCAGGUCCUCAUCACACUCCGCUACCUGGCCACCAACUGUCAUCAAACUGUUAUAGCUGACUGUUUUGAUGUGUGUCAGAAGGUUGUGAGUGAUGUCGUCACCCGGGUAGUGGAUGUUCUCAAUCAUCCAACAAUAAAGGGCCCGCUUCCUCCGCUUCUGGCCGUCGGACGAGCGCUGAUGCUUGCGAAGAUGCUAUUGGAUGCUUCGACGGCUGCCUCGUCCGAAUCCGACGCCCUAUCAACUUUGGCAACCACUACUACUGCCGAAAGGCAUGUUGCGCAGUCAAUAUGA